GGCAAAGCUGUGGACACAAGCACUGACGGCGACCCACACAGUAAAAAAUAUGCAGAGAGAGGAGACUGAUUGAAGAAGGAAGGCGAGCAAUGCAAGCAAGAAGCUGACAGCAUGGGGGAGAAGCAGAGGUGGUGUCGCUGAGGGUGCUGAUCCACAUGCACCCACAAUCACAACAAACUCAUCCACUUCAUUUUCACAUUAUCAAAUUUUAUAUAAAUAUAUAAAUUCAUAGUUUCCUUUUCUUACUAAGGCCAUCACAAACAAUCUUGUCUUGAUUUGCUUCCAUCUCCCACAAUAUUUUUUAUUUUUUUUUGGGUUUUGAUUAUUUUUGGGGAUGUGGUAGUGGGGGUGGGGGUGGUGGGUGUGGUCAGGGUGGGUGUAACUCUUCGAUCUUCUUCACUUCCGACCCCUUUUCUCCGUACCUUUUGGCGUGGAAGUGUUUGUUUGGCUGAUGUGAAAGAACAACGCCCGGAAACUAAAAGUUUGGUUGCUGGGAAAGGAAGGGAAAGAGAUGGGAAAGUAAAAUUUGGAUCUUAUGGUUCAGACAUUUGAGUGUUUUUUCUUUUUCUUUUUCCUUUUCUUUUUGGAGAAAAGAGAAAGAGGAAGAAAAUGAAAGUGGGAAAGAAAUUCAACUCAAGUAAGUUGAGUCAUUCUGUCCUCGAACUGAUUUGAUCCAGUUGGUGUCGAUAUGAGGCUAAUGGGGAAGCUUUAAGGUUCAAAAUUGAGGUUUCUGAGCAAAGAUUCUCGAGACACAUACAUCAAAAGCAAAAGCAACGCCUCUCUUUGUCAGUUCAUCAUUUCAUAUAUUUUUUUUUUGGUUGGGCAUUGCGAAUCUGAACCUGUUUCUUUCACUGGGUUGACUCCCUGAUUUGAAGGCUCAAAAGCCAUGCUAAUGAUGCACAGAUGUUGAGGUCUACUAUGGUGCUGUGUCGUUUUGCAUUAUCGUACAUCUCAUGCCAAACAGUGCCUUGAUACCCCUUUUCUCUUGAGGACUCCUCAAAAUAUUUGAACCUCCCAUCAAACGCAGGCAAGGAAUCAGUUUCUCCGUUUACUAAGCCAAAAUAUUUGAAGUUUCCAUAGAUCUAUUCAAGGGUUACUGUUACUAUUUUUGGAAUAAGCUUGCAAGAUUCUCUGGUUGAUCAAAGAGAGACAAAUUGGGAAGUGGGUUCUAUUCCAUCGACCAUUCUUAGCCUUUUUUUCUUUUUUCUUGUGUGUGCUUCUGUUGGGUAAUUGGACUGAAUUGGUUAAAAGGGUCUUGUCAUUUGGGGGCUCUGGGGCUAUGAGAGCAGAAAAGCAUGUUUCUGAUACAUGUCUUUGAAUCAAACAUGGUGGUGGGGACAAGCUAAUAAUGCAAAUAUUUUGUUGUCUUAGAGAAGCCAGUGGUUGUUUAGCUUCCAUACUGAGAUGGGUUUGAUGGGUGUGGGAAAUUGGAUCUGUUAACCAAGGAGGUGAGUAGAAUUUGGUGGCCUAAUGAGUAAGGAACAGAAGAGAGGGAAGCAGGAGAAAUCCUCGGAGGCUGCCGAGAAGGUGGUUGUUGCGGUGAAGGCGUCGAAAGAAAUCCCGAAAACUGCUCUGGUAUGGGCCUUAACUCAUGUUGUGCAGCCUGGGGAUUGCAUUACUCUGCUUGUUGUCGUCCCUGCACAAAGCCCAGGUAGAAAAUUAUGGGGUUUCCCAAGAUUUGCAGGGGACUGUGCGAGUGGUCACCGGAAAUCUCAUUCAGGAGCAAGUUCAGAGCAGAAAUGUGAGAUUACAGAUUCUUGUUCACAGAUGAUCCUUCAGCUUCAUGAUGUUUAUGAUCCAAACAAGAUAAAUGUCAAGAUAAAGAUUGUCUCUGGAUCACCAUGUGGGGCAGUUUCUGGAGAGGCCAAAAGAACGGAAGCUAAUUGGGUUGUAUUGGAUAAGCAGCUCAAACAUGAGGAAAAAUGCUGCAUGGAAGAGCUGCAAUGCAACAUUGUGGUUAUGAAGCGCUCCCAACCUAAAGUUCUCCGCUUGAAUUUGGUUGGAUCACAUAAGAUGGAAUCUGAAACAGCCUGUCAAUUGCCUUCUGAACCAGAUGAAACAGCUGAAAAACAUUCUAAAACCAAGAAUGACUCGAUGAAGUCCAUUCGGGGCCCAGUUGUGACUCCAAGCAGUAGUCCGGAGUUGGGGACACCAUUCACUGCAACUGAAGUUGGAACUUCAUCAGUAUCAAGCUCAGAUCCAGGAACCUCACCAUUCUUCAACUCCGAAGUGAAUGGAGACCUAAAGAAAGAGGAAUCAUCACAUACAAAAGAAAAUUUGGAUCUUGAUGAAUCUAGUUCAGACACUGACAAUGAAAAUUUAUCUCCAUCUUCAAGUGUUGGGUUUCAACCUUGGAUGGCAGGUGUUCUCGCUUCUCAUCAUCAAUCCUCACAACAUAUUGAACAAAGUUCAAAGAAAUCCAGGGAUAAGACUCAACCUCCCACGUCUAAAGCUUUGCUAGAUAAGUUCUCUAAAAUUGAUCGUGAUGCUAGAAUUGGAAUGAUGAACUAUAGGUCAGAGCUGGACUUCAGUGGGAACGUUAGAGAAGCAAUUUCAUUAUCCAGAAAUGCGCCUCCUGGUCCACCUCCAUUGUGUUCAAUAUGUCAACACAAGGCUCCUGUAUUUGGAAAGCCCCCAAGGUGGUUCAGCUAUGCCGAGCUGGAGCUUGCUACUGGUGGAUUUUCACAAGCUAAUUUCUUGGCAGAAGGCGGGUUUGGAUCUGUCCACAGAGGGGUCCUACCUGAUGGCCAAGCAGUUGCUGUGAAGCAACACAAAUUGGCUAGUUCUCAGGGUGAUGUUGAAUUUUGCUCAGAAGUGGAAGUCCUGAGCUGUGCUCAGCACCGAAAUGUUGUUAUGCUGAUUGGGUACUGUAUAGAAGACAGAAGAAGGUUGCUGGUUUAUGAAUAUAUAUGCAAUGGCUCACUGGAUUCUCAUCUAUAUGGACGCCAUCGAGAUCCACUAGAAUGGUCUGCUCGACAAAAAGUUGCUGUUGGAGCUGCUCGAGGUCUGCGUUACCUUCAUGAAGAAUGCAGAGUGGGUUGCAUUGUCCACCGUGACAUGCGACCCAACAACAUCCUCAUCACCCAUGAUUUUGAGCCACUGGUUGGGGAUUUUGGCCUGGCUAGGUGGCAGCCUGAUGGAGACACGGGUGUGGAAACAAGAGUAAUUGGAACAUUUGGGUAUUUGGCUCCAGAAUAUGCUCAAAGUGGCCAAAUCACAGAAAAGGCUGAUGUAUAUUCUUUUGGGGUUGUCUUGGUGGAGCUUGUCACAGGACGAAAAGCUGUGGACCUUAACCGGCCCAAGGGUCAGCAAUGCCUCACUGAAUGGGCACGUCCUUUAUUGGAAGAGUAUGCCAUUGAUGAACUAGUAGACCCACGGCUGGGAAACUGUUAUUCGGAGCAGGAGGUCUAUUGCAUGUUGCAUGCAGCAUCCUUGUGCAUACGGAGGGAUCCUCAUGCAAGGCCUCGGAUGUCACAGGUGUUACGCAUUCUGGAGGGAGACAUGGUUAUGGACUCAAAUUACAUGGCAACCCCGGGUUAUGAUGUGGGCAGCCAGAGUGGGCGGAUUUGGUCAGACCAGCAUCAACAUUUCAGUGGUCCAAUAUUAAACGAGGCAUAUGAAGAAUUCAGUGGUAAGCUGUCCCUUGAAGCGCUAAGGUCAGCCUUCUGGGAGAAGGAUAAGGGCAGGAGGACUUCAAGCGAAGGCAAAUUGUAAGGCUAGGAGUGCUACAUGUAUGGGAAUGCUGAAGAUGCAUUUGCCUAUUUUCUUUUUCACUUAGAUUUUUUUUCUUGUUUUUCUUUUCCUGCCCAAUGUCAUCUAGAUUUUGCUUCUGUACAGUAGAGGGGGAAGUUAGGAGGGAUAGCAAGGUUUUGUAAUUCAUUGAGAGAUGGGGAGAAAGAGUAGUAAAAUACCAAAUGGCAAUAUGAACAAUGGUGGAUGUCUUUUGUUUGAAUCAAGGAAGAAGCUCUCAAAAAAUAUGUUUUGCUCA